AUGGCGGAGACAAUCGAGGAAACUUAUGAGACUGCGGUCACCCGCAAGGUGGUCCGCAAAAGCCUCAGGAUAGAGGAGAACUGGCGGUUGAAUGAAAAUUUCCGUAUCCACCUUGACGCGUGUGCAUCGACCUGUCCCGUGAUAUGGACAAUGACCACGUGCGACCUUGCAAGACAAACAAAAACAUACGGAUUCAGAAUGAAUACCAACACAAACUUAGGUACAUAUCACUCCUUUUGA